AUGCCGAUCGCCCAGCAGACGAGCUUAGGAUGGAUCUUGUCCGGAGGCUACGACGCCGCAGCACCCGAAGGCCAUCGCCGCACGUUCCAGUGCACCACAGACCACGACCUCGCUAACAUGGUUCGACGCUUCUGGGAGCAGGAACGCGAGCCAGUAGCUGGGACACCGCUCACCGCCGACGAAGCCAGGUGCGAAGACUUCUACGUGCGCACGGUCACUCGCACGUCCAGUGGCAGGUACAUGGUGAGGCUGCCAUGUACUUCACCGCCGCCGACAUCGCUCAGCGAGACUCGUCGACCCGCAGAGCGCCUCCUGGAAGCCAUGGAGCGGAAGGGAGCACGAGAUCCUCGUUUCGGUGACCUCUAUCGAGAUUUCAUGGAGGAAUACGAGAACCUGCAACAUAUGGAGGAUCGUCGCCUGCAAACCAUCUUGUGGCGCCACACCAGCUCUGAUGACGUCCACGAGUACGAGCUGAGGACCGUGACCUACGGGCUAGCGUGUGCACCCUUUCUCGCCAUCAGGACUCUUCAUCAACUCGCAGCAGACGAAGAGGCACGAUAUCCACGCGGAGUCAAGGCACUGCGACACGACUGCUACGUCGACGACGUGGUCACCGGCGCUGAUAGCUUGGAGGACGCUAUCGACCUUCAGCAGGAACUACGGAGUCUUUGCAUGGUGCUCACCGGAGUUCCACCGGAACAUCGGCAUCAACGCAAACCGCACUCAUGGGAGGGAGAGAGUCACGCUACCUUGGGCCUCCGAUGGCAUCCGCAAGGUGACUGGUUCUCCUUCACCAUACGUCCGCGUGCAAUCACCGACUUCACGAAGCGACGAGUUUUGGCCGAGACGGCUCGACUCUUUGACCCGAUGGGGUGGCUCGCACCUGUCGUCAUCAGAGCCAAAAUUCUGAUUCAGACGACGUGGCUUCAACGGCUGGACUGGGACUCCCCGCUGCCUGAUCAGGACGCACACCGCUGGAGGCAGUUGUUGAAUCAGCUUCCUCUUCUAGAUGACAUCCGCAUAACUCGCUGGCUCAACACUGGGACCGACCAUUCACAACUGCAGCUCCAUGGGUUUGCCGACGCAUCAGAGCGAGGGUACGCCGCCGUGGUGUACAUCCGCAACGCUGCAACAGAGAAAACAUCAAUCAACCUGUUGAUGGCAAAAUCCAAGGUCGCACCUGUCAAGCAGGUGUCGUUACCUCGCUUGGAACUCUGUGCAGCAGCUCUACUUACCACGCUCAUGCUCCACGUGCGCUCUACUCUCGGUUUGACAACGACGCCAGUGCAUCUGUGGUCAGAUUCAAAGGUCACGCUCCACUGGAUUCAAGGACACAGCACCCGCUGGAAAACCUUUGUCGCCAAUCGAGUGUCUCAGAUCCAGACCCUGCUGCCAGACGCUCAAUGGAGACACAUCGCUGGACGAGAGAAUCCUGCAGAUUGUGCAUCACGCGGUGUUACUCCUGACGAACUCAUUAAGCAUAAACUGUGGUGGACAGGACCUACCUGGCUGUCAGGAGACGAGACUGCAUGGCCUUGUUCCGUCAUCGAAGCCGCAGAGGAUGACCUCCCGGAGCAGCGAGCCACCAGUUUGGUGGUCAAGGCACCGAUCACGGCCGAACCUGACCUCCUCCUCCGGUUCCCGACGCUACAAAGGCUGCUGCGAGUUACUGCAUGGUGUCGGCGAUGGCUCAAUCCGGCGAGACGCGACGUCAUACUUGGCCGCACUUUGCAUCCGGACGAGCUGGACGUCGCCUUAUUUCGAUGGCUGCGAGUGGUGCAGGCGCUCCACUUUCCUACGGACGUAGCUGCGGCCUCUGCUGGACGCACUAGUCCACCGCGAAGCCACCUAGCGAGGUUGAGUCCGGUCCUCGAUGAUCAAGGCGUGCUGCGCGUCGGAGGACGUCUCAAGCAUGCUCAGCUACCACUCGACGAAAGACAUCCAAUGAUCAUCCCGGCGGCAUCAUGGUUGACUCGGCUGGUGAUUGAUUCCUGCCACCGACGGACACUGCACGGAGGUGUGCAACUGACUCUCGGCUUGCUCCGCCUGCGUUUCUGGGUGCCCCGAGGAAGGACCACCGUCAAACAGCAGCUACACCGAUGCGUGACCUGCACUCGAUGGCGCGCCGCAACACCACAGCCUCCGAUGGGUAACCUUCCUCGGGACCGAGUAACGCCAACUCGACCGUUCCUCAGCACCGGUUUGGACUACGCGGGACCAAUCCUCCUCCGGACCAGCAAGGGGCGUGGACACCGUGCGCACAAGGGAUACAUCGCCGUCUUCGUCUGCUUCUGGUCGAAGGCCAUUCACUUAGAAGUUGUCUCGGACUACACCUCGGAGGCCUUCAUCGCCGCGCUGCGCCGCUUCAUCUCCCGCCGGGGACGUCUCGGCGCUGACCCCCGUCUUCACGUUCGUUGGGCACCGCUCCUCGCCUUGCCGGAACCGUCAUUGACAGAGCAGACGGUGUCCACCUUGUCACGUUGGCGUCAUCUGCAGCGGAUGAGGGAUCACUUCUGGCAGCGAUGGUCAUCCGAAUACGUGCACGGACUCGCCCCACGCACCAAGUGGCUCAAGGAUGCACCUGCACCCCACGUCGGCGAUCUCUGUCUCGUGCGCUCCGAGAUCACCCCUCCGAGCCGAUGGCCUCUCGCUCGCAUAUUGCGUUUGCACCCCGGAGACGACGGAAUUACACGCGUCGUGACCAUCCGAACGGCCACGUCCGAGCUCGUGCGCCCACUCGUCAAGCUCGUGUUUCUUCCGGGCGUGAACGACGCGCCUACACCGCACAUUGACACAUAG